AGCGGAUAGUACAGCAUUUGUAUGUAUCUAUGUGAAGUAAAUUCCUAAAAUUGUUAUAAUAUGCGAAUUUUGUAUCACAACUUUUUUACAUUUCAUUCCUAAGAGUGGUAAGCAAAAUGUCAUUUUCUCUUCAUUCCUUGGCGAUCAUUUUGAUGGCUGUUUUAGCUUAUCGACGUGUUGGCGUUGCAGGAAGCCACGACAAUGCAGCAAUCGAUUACAUGCAGCAUUGUAAACCCACGGACACCUGCAAAUACAAGAACACUGGAUGUAUUAAUGGCAUUUGUCAAUGCAAAGCUGGAUACGUCCUAGCCACCUAUAAUGGUCAAAUACUUUGUCUGGAAAUUGUACCCAUCCAUAAUAUUGCUACUGUCGAGGAUCAUCCCUGGGUGAUAAAGAACGAGACUUGCCUUGACUCACCAGACGCCGAUAGAACGUGUCGAUCCUCCUGUUACACGGGAUUCCUCGUCGACAUACUCCGCAUUAUGGAUAAGGAAUUCAAGAAUUUAGAUAACUGUACAAUCACAGAAGUCGAUUCUUUCGGAACACUGGACUCGAGCAGUGAUCCUCCCGCGUGGAAAUCUGGCUUGAUGAGCAUCGUUGCAAAUAAUCAAACCGACGUCGCCAUGGCGGCAUUUAAUGCGUCCAAAAUUGACGUAGAAGUGAGGAAAGUUAUGAGAUAUUCCACCCCUUUUGUAUCAAAUCCGUACAAGCGGGCUCAGUUUGCCCUUGGUUUCCCUCUCUCGUCCAAAGCAGGGUCGCAGAUUCAAGCCAUAAUACAUAAUCUCAAGAAAAAGCGAUGCCUGGAAUAUUUUUUGAUUAAGUGGUUCAUAAACGGGACUUCUUUAUGGUCGAUGGAAAAGCAGAAAACUCCAUACACUCCGACCCAGGUGUGUCAAACGAUGUAAGAGUGCGACGGAAACAAAUAUCCAAGAACUAACUACAAGUUAUGAAAACUUGUUGCCUUAUAUACUUUACUUAAUUUUGGCCACGUUUAACCAGCAAAAUAUGUCCUUUCUUAUUUGUUAUGAGUGAAUAAAUUUGCAAAAUCGGUA